AGGAAGAGGAGGCUUCGAGGUGUGCCGGGCGCUGCCAGCUGCACAUUGAAUUUUAGGACUUCUUGGCGUAUUUUGGAUACAAAUCCUUCGCCAGAUGCGUCUUUGGCAAACACUCUCUCCCUCUCUGCGGUUUGUCUUCUGGCUCUCUUGACCCGGGUCGUCUUCUGAGCACUUGAUGCAGAAAUGGAGUUCUCCCCGAACUCUCCAGAGGGAUCAGCUGCGUGGACGCCAUGUUGUCGCCAGAUACCAUCCCACUUCAGCACUGCUCUGUAACGAGGGCACCUGGACAGGGGUGCCUGCAAGUGAGUGACUUGCAGGAAGAAGGGAAAAAUGCCAUCAACUUGCCGAUGUCCCCUGCCUCGGUGGAGAUCCACCCUGAAGACACCCUGCUCGAGGAGAACCAAGAGCGCACGGUGAUCGACCCCACCUCCAGGGACGACCCCAGAUUCAAGGAGCUGGUCAAGGUUCUCAUCGACUGGGUCAACGACGUGCUGGUGGAGGAGAGGAUCAUCGUAAAGCAGCUGGAGGAGGACCUGUACGACGGGCAGGUGCUACAGAAGCUCCUGGAAAAGCUGGCAGACUGCAAGCUGAACGUGGCCGAGGUGACCCAGUCCGAAGUAGGACAGAAGCAGAAGCUGCAGACAGUGCUUCAGGCGGCGCAGGAGCUGCUGCGGCCCCGUGGCCGGGCGCUCCAGUGGACCAUCGACUCGAUUCACGGGAAGAACCUGGUGGCCAUCCUCCACCUCCUCGUGGCCCUGGCCACGCACUUCCGGGCCCCGAUCCGCCUUCCCGAACACGUCUCCGUGCAAGUGGUGGUCGUACGGAAGCGGGAAGGCCUGCUGCACUCCAGCCACGUCACGGAGGAGCUGACCACGACCACCGAGAUGAUGAUGGGUCGGUUUGAGCGGGACGCCUUUGACACGCUCUUUGACCACGCCCCGGACAAGCUCAGUGUCGUGAAGAAGUCUCUCAUCACAUUUGUGAACAAGCACCUGAACAAGCUGAAUUUGGAGGUGACGGAACUAGAGACCCAGUUUGCAGAUGGCGUGUACCUGGUUCUUCUCAUGGGGCUUCUGGAAGACUACUUUGUACCCCUGCACAACUUCUACCUGACCCCGGACAGCUUCGAUCAGAAGGUCCACAAUGUGUCAUUUGCCUUUGAGCUGAUGCUGGAUGGAGGCCUUAAGAAGCCCAAGGCUCGCCCCGAAGAUGUGGUGAGCCUGGACCUCAAAUCCACCCUGCGGGUUCUUUACAACCUGUUCACCAAAUACAAGCACCUGGAGUGACGGGCAGGGAGCAGCAGACACCGCGGCGGGGGCGGUGCUUUGGGAGGCGCCCCGGCCUCCGCUCCAAGCCCGCGGUUGCCCCCCACUCCCACCCCACCUUUUUCUGGUCGAUACCCUUCACCACCUUUCCCUGUAAUUCUGCAGCGGGCGUGGCCUCUUUUGAAAUGCAGAUUCCAAACACCA